UUGAUACCCCUAAUACAAUCGAAAUAUUUACUCGGAUUUGCGACUCGUCAUUCACUCGUUUAAACUUAAUAGUUAGACUCAAAUUUCGAGUCUAUAAUUGAAAAAUAGCAAUAUUAAAGAGUUUGGUAUUUUAUAUUUGUUUGAAAAGAGCGCUUUGGCUCAGGUCGACACUUGUUUUCGCCUAAUAAUCUUCUCUUUGAACUUUGAGUUUUUUUCAGUUUUACUCAAGCUUUUAGUUCUAACUAGACGCUUCACCACUUGUUCAGUGUUUCCUAGCUCAGACACAUAUUGAUAUCGAUACUAAAAUUCUAAAAUGGCAGAACAGAAUCACCAUUAUGAUAAAUUUGCUUUCAAAGUGAAGCAUUUGAAUGAAUAUCAUGAUAUAGUCAUUGAUCCAAAUGAUGACAGAUAUGAAUCCAAACACCAUCAUCAACAAUUAUUUGAACAGUUGGAAUCAAUAACUGGAGUACCCAGUAGAUAUACAACUAAGGUGUAUAUACUUAUAAACGACAAUCCUUCCCCCGUUGAUAAUACUGAUCGGUAUCUGUGCGGGAUUUUUAACAACCAAAAAGCCUUCGUUCCUGAUUCACAAAUGGAAUACUAUCCACGUCAUGAUAUCUUCAGUGUAAAUAUUCGUGAUGGUGCGCGUUUUUAUCUCCAAUAUGGUGCUUCUUACGCGCAUCGUAUUUCCAAGCGUUUAAGUAUGUGUUAUUACUUGGUAGAAGAAAUCGACGUCCCUGAAGAAGACUGCUAUAUAGGUGUAUGUCAAUCUAAAUGCACUGAAAGUUACUUUAAAAGGUUGAAAGAUCUCGUUAAUAAUGAUGAAUUUAAUGCUAAAAUUACUCAGCUUGUCCAGCCACUAUUUGAAUCGAGAAAUGCAGCGGAAGUUUACAAGAUUUUCAGAGAGUUCAAUGUUAAACAAUAUUUAUAUCCAGUUUGUGAUUUUGAUCAUAGGUGGAGACUUGCAGAGACUGGUCAUGUACGGCAAGAUAAUCAAUAUCUAAGAACUCGAGGCUAAACCCGUAUUUUAGCCCUGUUUAAAUUUUACUCAAUAAACUGAGUUGAGAGUUUAAA